AGUAGUAAAGGUACAUUCAUAAUAUCAAGAUACACUAAGUCAACGGUGAAUUAGCAAUUUUUUUAUUCACAAGUAAGUAUUUGUUUUUAAAACGGACCUUUUUCAAACCGGAUUUACAUGUUCGUUCAAACUAGCUUGUUUGGCUCCACAAUGUUUGCGUUUUUAGGUUGAAGUCUUUGUUAAAAAGGAGGAAAACUUAUAUGUAUUUUUACGUAAAACUGGGCGAGUUUCGGUAAGCCCCGAACAAAGCAGCAAACUAUUAACUUUGACGCAUUACUCAGACCACUUUCAGUACCGAUAAGUAGUAAAAGUCACAAAUUUCGAGGAUUCCUGAACGCCUCAAAGACGGCUGCCAUCAUUGGAGCGUCAAGAUGGUGAAGUUCGGGCUGCAGUUCAAAGCCAACCUGGAAAAUGUGACAAAUGUAAGGCCGCUGGGGGAAGACUUCCGCUGGUUUCUGAAGCUAAAGUGUGGAAACUGUGGGGAGGUCCCGGAUAAAUGGCAGUAUGUGACUCUAAUGGAGAGCGUUCCGCUGAAAGGAGGCCGAGGGAGCGCCAGCAUGGUCCAGAAAUGCAAACUUUGUGCGAGGGAGAAUUCGAUAGAUAUCCUGAGAGACACCAUUACCCCUUAUAAUGCGUCGGACAACGACAAAUUCAAGACGAUGGUGCAGUUCGAGUGUCGGGGCCUGGAGCCGGUUGACUUCCAGCCGCAGGCCGGUUUUGCUGCAGAGGGAGCCGAGACUGGAACGCCAUUUCCUGAAGUCAACCUGCUAGAAAAGUCCUCUUGUUGCGCAUUUUAGGACUGGAACGACUACGAUGACAAAGCCAAGGAGUCUGUGGGAAUCUAUGAGGUCACGCAUCGAUUCGUCAAGUGUUGAUGUUCGUUUACGUUUGGUGGAUUAUGCUCAAUAGACAUGAACCUUGUGCAUUGUUUUAAUAAAAGUGAAGAUGAUGA